GCUGAUACCAGUUUAAAUUUUACUUAAUAAGAGAUUUAUUUGAAGUUAUCUAGCCGGGUAUAUCAGUUAAUUGGGUUAAACCAUUGACAAAAACAGUGACGUCACUAAUAUCUUCUGGUACUUUGCUAUAUUAUCGUCAUAAAUUCCCCCAGAGAGGCGCGAGACCUGAUGGAACAGUCCGGAGACGAGGCUCAGUUUGAAGCGAUGGAGCUCGUCCUCGUCACGCAUGUCGUGGAUGCCAUCACGUUUUGGGCUCAGAACGUGACUGAGGACAAGGCCUCUGAGAAGAUGGACACCGUCCUCUCAGAAAAAUGUCCUACUGCACAGAGAGUGAUGGGGGAGCCAAGUCCUCACAAGGUUUAUGGUGCCUGCUAUUCAGGAGACAGAUGCUGGUACAGGUGCAAAGUGCAGAAGCAGAUAAAUGACACAUUUCAUGUUGCUUAUAUUGAUUAUGGAAAUGAAGAGGUGGUUGCAAGGUCUGAUCUUGUUGAACUCCCAGGGGACUUGAAUUCAGCUGCACUUGCCAAAAGAUACCAGUUCUGGGGUUUUCAUUUGGCAAGUGAACCAGACUCACCACACUACUUCCAGGGGAAGUCCUUUCUUCAGAAUCUUAUAUAUGGAAAGAAGUUGCGCAUUAGUAUGAAGUCAGAGUGCUUCGAUGGAACGAUCCUGGUUCAGGCAUUUCAGGGCAACCUGGACAUUGGUGAAGAGGUGUUAAAGUUUAAAUUUGCCACAUUGAACCUCCCAGGCAACAAGUCGCCUGUGUCUCCCACUAUGGCUUUCCAGAAGCAGACUGGAUUGGGGCCUUCCAGGAAAUCUCAAGGAGACUGUGACAGCACAGACUCUUUAGGAUGUAUGCCCAAGUUACGUCCUGUUUCCUCCAACCAAAAAGUCUUCAGAGAGCAAAGCACCUGCAAAUCUCCAAUGGCUGCCAGUGUAUCAGGAGCAGAUGGUGAACUGGUAAAGGAGAACCAGCAGCCUAAUCCAGAGAUGGUUAUCCAACAUCUGCGUAGCCGAGUCAACGAGCAAAUGCUGAAUGAAGCCAAGCUGGAGCUGCAGAGGGCACGAGAAGAAGUGGAGGAGAAAAUAAAGCAGAUAUAUAAACUUGAGAAGGAAAACAAUGACCUCCAGGAUCAUGCAGAGCAUUUACAGCAGGAGCUGAAGGAAACCAGGUUGGAGUUGCAGAAAGCAAGUGAGGUUCAUCCCGGAAAAGAUGAGUGUGUGGAAGUCAACAUGGGAUCAACAGUGUUUGAAAGGUUUUUUCAGCUGGCUGAGAAAGCUGAAGAAGUAAGAAGAAACAGAGAAAGUACAAGGUGCAAUACUGCAGAGGAACGUCUUUCUGAAGCCAUAUCAGUUGUGAUCAACAACAAAAUUGUUCUGCCACCUUUAUCAGAAACACUGGAGAUGGCAUGGGAAGACUACAGGCAUGCCUUAAAGCAGCUUAAAGAGUGUCAAAGUAAGGGGGAGCUGGAGGAGCUGGUGAACUGCAAGAAUCAGGCUUGCAGUCUUCUCCUGACUGCCAUAGAUGACUUCCUUAUGGUGGCGGGCAGUCUGCCUAUUAGUGAUCGCUUAAACACUCUGAAGGAUGUCAGCUCAACUCUGAUGGUCGUGUUUGGCUUAGUCUCGGUAGAUGAUGUUCAGGAUCAGUCUUUAGAGACUUUCUGCGAGUGGAAAACUCAAAAGCAACAUAGUUUAAGAAAUAUGCGCCAGGCGACUGAUAAAUCCCUCUGUGCUCUCAGUAACUGGGUGGCCAACACCAGCAAGUUUUUCUGCUUGACAGAGAUGACUGGAACCACUGUGACCCUGGAAGCUGUUGAUGCAAAAGUGAAUGAGUUGCUGAAGCAGGCUGAGUCUGAUGUGUCCGAAGAGCUGAACACUAAAUUCUUUGAGCAGAAUGUUGAGGACAUGAAAAUAAUGUCUACUGCAUGCUAUAUAGUGAUGCAGCUUAUUCAAAAUGAGGAGCAUCUACUUUGUGACCUCAGAGAGACGUAUGAAUAUAACAAAAAGUUUAAGGAGGACAUCCAGUGGCAGAACAGCUUACCUAAAGCAGAUGAGCUCUUACAAAUAAAGAAACACAUCAAGAGCCUGCGUGCACAGUUGCGUUGGAAACUGGUAGAAGUGGGCUGCCUGGAAGAGGCUGAUGACCUGGAUCUGCCUGAGAUUCAUCGGAAAAAGGAAGAGGUUUCUGAGACAAGGAAUGCCCUCUUUCAGCAAAUUAAGCAAGAGAAAGAACAAUAUACAAAACUUUGUAAGCUAGUAAAAGGAAACUUUCCUGAGUUGCUGCUGCUCUAUCCUGAGGCAAACAUCUCCAGUUACCUGCUCUUUGAGGGCCUGUUAAUGAAGAGUUUGGAUCGAGACAUAUUUGAUGCUGAGCCAAUGAGGGAGUUGAGUGGACGCAGACCACUUGUGUGUACCGAGUUCCAGUACCAAAAGGUGGUGCUAAAGGGCUACUCUGUGGAUGAAGAGUCAGAAGGAAUGAUGAUUAAACAGGCUGCGCAAUAUCACAGAGCCCAGAAUCAGCAUCCCUCCAGUGUCAUGCCUUUGCUGGGUUUGUUCUUCGGCAAGUCAGAUCCUCUGGCCUACAUCAUAGUGCCCUACUACUCAAACGGGAGUCUUAAGGCUUUGCAGAAACUCAGCCCACUGGCUCCCUCUGAGAUUGGGAGAGUGAUGAGAGGUGUGGUUGUUGGGCUACAGAGUCUGCAUGAAUCCUGCAUCACACACGCCUCUCUGAAUGCCAACAACGUGUUUGUUCUCGGCCGAGAGCAAGGCAUUGUAGGGGAUUUUGAUUUCACAAAGACACCAGAGCAGAGGGCUGUGGACUGUGGCAUGGUUGCUGGCUCUAUUAGUCUCGUGGCUCCAGAGCUAAGAAGGGGUGAGCCACCCUCUCCAGCCAGUGACAUGUAUGCUGUUGGAGGCCUCAUGCUCUGGCUUCAUGCCCCUGACUAUACUGAAGAUGUGGACAAUGAGCAACAUAUCCCAAGACUGUCUGGAUUACAACUGGAUUUCAAAGUCCAAACUCUCCUCUCAAAGCUGCUGGUCUGUUCUGGAAGACUGUCGGCUUGUGAAGCACUGUGUAGUGAUUACUUCCUUUCUCUUGAAAACUGAAAAAAAAAUAAUAAUAAUACAAAAUCGUGUUCAUUUUGUUCUUGUUCUAUUUUUAAUUCUGUUGCGUUAAAGACAAACAAGAAAGAUGCACGUCUUUUGAGAUUUGUUUAAACAUUUAAACUAUAUUCAAGAUUGUUGUGUUACUUUUUUUUUUAAUAUCAUACUCCAAAAUAAGUUAUCACAGGUCACAUGUUAAAAAAAAAGUAGUUUUUUUUUUUAUGUAAGGUUUCAGGGUUUUGACCAUUUUGUUCUAAUAGCACAGUUCCUCCUUUAAGUUUUCUCUUUGUUUAGAAUACUAAUCAUAGUAUGUAAUCUUCAAGAAUACACAGUAGUGAAUGUUUAGUUGCCUAAAAUAAGCUGAUAAAAUGUUUUAAUCAGCUUUAGGAUGUUAGGUUAAUGUUGGUUUCCAGAGAAAAUACUACAGCUAAUUUAUAAUCAAGGCAAGAGGAACAAACACUCUACUUAUGUCAUGUAUGUGCUUAUAUGUGAAAUUGCAACAGUACACAUGCUGUAGAGGGUUAAUUAUAAAGGGAGACCCAACUGCUUGUAUUAAUGGACAAACCUUAAUGUUUAAAAAUCAGUAAAUUAUUACAUUUUUGA